UUCUUUUAAGUUAAGCCACUAUUUGAUAUUUCGAGCAUUAGGUUCCAAAAUUCAUGAGAUUUAUUUUCACAAUUUUGUGUGUGGCAAUUUCUAGGUAAUUUGUUAGAGGGGUCUCACACAAUUUUGCACACACAUGCAAAUUGAAUUUGCAUUUAGGUUUUCUUCACUGUGUUAAUUUCUUUUACAAAUUUUCAUCCUUUUAUACGCAAUCACAACGUAGAAAGUAGCCAAACUCUCUUUUGCUGCAUUGGGCAUAGAUAAUUAUUCAAUUCAAUUCUUCCAUAAUCAUUCGUUUGAAUGGAACAGUUGAAAUUGGAUGCAAAUUCUGAGGCCAAAGAGGAUGGUCCUUCUCGGAACAAGUCAAAAAAUAACAAUGCAGUUAAAUCUUCUGAUAGUUUGAGAAGUAAGAAGAUAUCAGCUAGAUGGGAUCCUGCUGAAGCAUGUCGACCUAUAAUUGAUGAAGCGCCUGUGUUUCAUCCAACUAUUGAAGAGUUUGAAGAUACACUGAGUUAUAUAGCAAAGAUACGCCCCCAAGCUGAACCUUAUGGCAUAUGUAGGAUUGUCCCUCCAGCUUGUUGGACUCCACCUUGCCUUCUUAAGGAGAAAGAUAUAUGGGAAAAGGCUGAAUUUUCCACCCGCAUUCAGCAAAUUGAUUUACUUCAAAAUAGAGAACCUAUGAAGAAAAAAAGUAGGGGAAGGAAACGAAAACGUAGAAAGAACUCCAAAUCAGGAACAUGUAGGAGAGUUUCCAAUCCAGCUUCUGAAGCUAAUAAUGCUUCGGAAGCUGAUGAGAAAUAUGGAUUCCAAUCAGGGUCGGACUUCACGUUUAAAGACUUUCAGAAAUAUGCUAAGUACUUUAAGGAAUGCUACUUUGGGUUGAAAGAUGCCAAUGAAGAUGGAAAAAUCGGUGAAAGUAACCACCAAAGGAGACGGGAGCCCUCGGAGGAGGAAAUUGAAGGUGAAUAUUGGCGAAUAGUUGAGCAACCAACUGAUGAAGUUGAGGUGUAUUAUGGAGCUGACUUGGAAACUGGAGUAUUUGGAAGUGGUUUUCCUAAGGCAUCAUCCAUAAGUAGCGGUUAUUUGGAUCAGUAUGCACUGUCUGGCUGGAAUCUAAAUAACUUCCCCCGACUGCCCGGUUCUGUUCUAAGUUUUGAAGGAAGUGACAUCUCAGGAGUAUUAGUUCCAUGGCUGUAUGUUGGCAUGUGCUUUUCAUCAUUUUGCUGGCAUGUUGAGGAUCAUCACCUCUAUUCACUUAAUUAUCUACACUGGGGUGACCCAAAGAUAUGGUAUGGAGUACCUGGAAGCCGUGCUUCUGCUCUUGAACAUGCAAUGAAGAAGCACUUGCCUGAUUUGUUUGAGGAGCAACCGAAUCUACUCAAUGAUCUGGUUACUCAGUUAUCUCCUUCAAUUCUUAAAUCUGAGAGAGUGCCUGUAUAUCGCACUGUUCAGCAUUCUGGGGAAUUUGUUAUUACCUUUCCGAGGGCAUACCACUCUGGUUUCAAUUGUGGGUUCAACUGUGCAGAGGCAGUGAAUGUCGCUCCUGUUGAUUGGUUAAUGCAUGGCCUGAAUGCUGUUGAGCUUUACAGUUCACAACGCCGUAAGACAUCAUUGUCACAUGACAAGCUUUUAUUUGGUUCAGCAAUGGAAGCUAUACGAGCCGUUGCAGAGUUAACUCUUCAUGGAAAGGAAACUCCAAAAAAUUUGAAAUGGAGUACUGUCUGUGGGAAAGAUGGAGUUCUUACUAAGGCAUUUAAGGCACGAAUAAAGAUGGAAGAAGAGAGGCUAGGAUGUGUUCCAACUCAUUUUAAGUUUCUGAAAAUGGGACAUGACUUUGAUUUGUAUACAGAAAGAGAAUGCUUCUCUUGCUUCUAUGACCUGUACCUAUCUGCUGUCGGUUGUGAGUGCUCUCCUGAUAGAUAUUCUUGUCUUAAGCACGCUAGAUUGUUCUGCUCAUGUGAAAUGGACAAAAGGUUUGUUCUGCUUCGGUAUAAUAUGAAUGAGCUAAACAAAAUGCUUGAAGCACUUCAAGGAGAUUCACUUGCUCUCGAGUUAUGUGAAAAUAAAAACUUCGGAAUGGUUUCUGCUGAGGCCAAUGAGGGUUGCAUAGAUAAACCGGAGGUGGAGAGAGACAAGGGUCUUGAAGAAGGGGAGAGCUCAGCUGGUUGCACAGGAACCAAGGAUAAUCAUGUUACUUCAGAGCUAAUACAAUCUGAAUCUUACCUUGUAACUGUUAGUGCACCAAAUGGAAGUUUAGAUAGUGAUAAUGACAAUAAGAUGGAUGUAGACGAAGAUAAGAUGGACCAGGAAGGUUCUCUGGAUUUAAAUCUUGAUGUUAUAUCAAGUGAAAAUGAAAAGUAUUUGCUGCAUAUCGCUGAUAACCAUCACAACAAGGGUGAUUCGGUAGAGGAGAAAGUAUGUUGUUCAGAGAUCAAAAAGGAACAAGACGACAUGAAACUUGUUGGUUUCAGUAAUCCAUCACACUCAUUUUCUGAUGAGAAGACAGAAGUUUCAUCAUGCUCAAGGGAUGUUCACAGUUCUUGCACAUCUGAUGGUGGAAAAUGUGAGGUGGAUCUGCCAAUGGUUUCAGAUUCAAGAAAGAAACCCGAAAAUGUAUUUGAAAAAGAAGUUAUAGACACCACAAAUGCAAGUAUAUAUUUGACACAGGAAAGCUGCUUAAUGCAAAUUUUUGGUACUUCUGUCAAGCCUACAAGUUUGGGAUCUGUUGUUCAUGGGAAGCUAUGGUGCAGUAAGCAUGCAAUUUAUCCAAAAGGAUUCAAGAGUCGGGUUAAUUUCAUUAGUAUCCUCAAUCCAACAAGAAUUUGUAGCUAUGUUUCUGAAGUCAUUGAUGCUGGACUUCUUGGACCUCUUUUCAAGGUUACAAUGGAAGAAUGUCCAAGUGUCGCUUUCACGGAAACCUCAGCAGAUAAGUGCUGGAAAUCAGUUCUGAAGAGACUACAUGAUGAAAUCAUGGAGCGACAGAGCCGAGGUGAACUUGAACUUCCUUCCGAAGAGCUUCUGAAAAGCAUUAACGGUCAUAGAAUGUUUGGCUUCCUUUUGCCGUCCAUAAUUCAGGCCAUUGAAGCUCAAGAUCCAAGUCAUCAGUGCGCAGAGUACUGGAAUCACAAAGUUAUCCCUACAUCUCCAGGCAGCGUUAUCGAUAACUGUAAUGACCUAAGUUGUUCAAGUAGUCCUUUAGAUAAUGUCAAUACCAAAAUUUUUGGUAUCAAUUUAAUUGACCGGUCAAAGGACAACAUAGAAGGAAGUUGUCAUUCUCUUGAGGAGAUGAAAUCAAUACUUCAAAAGGCAAGUCCCAAUGAGCUAUGCUCACUGCGCAAAUUACUCGGCUCCAACGCACAGUGCUUUGAGUGGAGAAUGGCAUUGACAUCAAUGAUGGAUGAGAUCCAGAAAGUUUUGUAGAUAGAACAAGAAUAAGAUCUCAAUUAUUUCUGACUUUGGAUAGUCAUAUUUUCAAAUUUAGCCAUAAGUUAUAUUAGGUUCAUUCUUUUAGAGAUAAAUUAAACUGAAGAAGUUGCUGGGUGAAGCCUAGAUAAAAUUUUGCUACUUGCACACAAUCAUCAUUGACCUAAUUAUAGAUGCAUUUUGCCAUUGACCCUUGCAAA